CGUUUGCGCUUUCGGAAGAACUCAUUAUUCGCCGCAAAGGUGAUCAUUGUCGACAUCUUGACGGGUAUUUACGCGUCUGCAAUGCCCACUACGCGUGUAGAUGUACCAGAAGGCUUCAGCAAAGACUCGAUGUCUUUAGGUCACGAGCCUCGGCGCAGGAUUGAGGAGUCGCGACCGGAGAUUCUGACCCGUGCCAGGCCGUCGCCUCCGCACUUUCUCCACAUGCAUGAUUGGUCCCACCGGCGUAGCGACAAGCAUUACGGGGAUUGGCGUCGCUGUUCUUCGACAUCCAUCUCCGAGUGCAGGUGGUGGCACGAUGACGCGCUUUCGCCCAAGCUGUCCACGGCAGGAGCAUGACUGCGCCUGCCCUUCCGAUUGACAUCUGGCUGAUCGUCUUCGAAUGCAUUGACGCCGCGUACAAUGUUCUCGACGACAUCGAUGCCGACAGCCUCACGGUCCUGUGGUGCGUCGUUCGCAACGUCUCGCCGUAUCUCCGUGCCUGCGUCGACGAGUACUUUCGCCGUGGCAUCCUCCAGAACAUGCUCCUCGACCUGAGCUACAGCAACAUAAACCACCACGGUGGCCCAGCCUUCGCGCAUCUCCACAUACCUAUGCGCUUCUCCCACCUCCUACCAGACGAAAAAAGGGCUGUCUUCCGGCAGAUGGCAUACAGUGGUAAUGGCAUACAUACAGGCUCUGUUCGUGGCUGGGUACCCUUUGCCGAGCGGUACGCCGCCGAGACACGCAAGCACGAGCCACAGGUUGUGCAUAGAGGGCAGGCAAUGAGCGUCAGAGCACCGCCAGCAUGGGAGAAAGAGCAUCUGAACUUGCGCAACACGCUGGCUGGAGAUGACAAGACCAACUACAUAACGUCUCUUAGAGAGCAUACCAGCAUUGGUCGUGGCUAUCGACCGCCUCAUACUCUCAAGAUUCGGGAGGCAGUCAACGACACAGAGCUCGUGGACUUGGCAAUCAACGUUGAAGCGCGAGAAAUUUCUUUCGACUGGCGAGCCACGCUCGCUUUCUUCUUCGUUGAACAACGCUUCAUAAUGCUUGCGGAGACCCGUCCCGCUAAGCAGCCUACCUACGACCCGGAUUUGGUAGCCGCAGCCAGCAGAGCACAAGCUUCGAUGCACAUGUAUGACUACUGGAAUAGCAACACUAGGCGUGCACGGCGCAAACGCUUGCAACCUUGGGUGAAUGACAACAAACGCCGUAUGACACCAGAAGACCGUCUCAAGGCCGAAGAUAGAGUAGAGCGCACCAAGCACCAGAUAAGGCGCAAUCUACGGCCUAAUAACCUGCGCGAGCUCGUCCUCGGCGACUUCACACGCGAGCAGCAGGAGAGAGUACCUGAAACGUGCGCCGAAGACUUGCCAUAUCUGUUACAGUGGCCGUGGGUUCACGAUGAUAUGUACAUGACUCCUAGAAAGCCAAUUCAGCUUCAGUGUGGCUCGAAAGCAUGUUCGGUAAUGUAAUUUAUAGUUUUGAUACCCAUAGUAAUAGACUUGACCUUGCCUGCUCUCUCAGCAGUACUCUAACUCUUUGUGCCUC